AUAACUCAAAAGAAACACCUUACAUGUUUUCUGUUUCUUAGUCAAUAAAGAGUUUGGUAUUCAGUGCAUCUUUUACUUUUGUCUUCUUAACAGCUCCUGAGGAUUUACACCAAGUGUUGUUGACUCUGAUCCAAGGAGGAGUCGAAUUCCCAGACCCUGUGGCACAAAAGAUUUCCUUCAACAUUCUCCGCAAGCUAGUUGAAGUUUGGGGUGGGAGCAAUGGAUUAAAUGGCUUUAGAGAGUUCAUUUACGACAGUAUUGUACCCGCAUCUUUUGUGGCUCCAAUGAAGUCAACAUUUGACUUGAAUGAUGCCCAGACAGUUUUGGCAUUACAGGAGAUCGCACUGACACAAAAAAUGAUUCUACAGAAACAGGGUGGUGAAUUUAUAGAAUUCCUUCAAAACAAGUAUUUGCCAACUCUACAAUUGGCUCCUGGACUUAUUCAGGAGUAUACACAUGCACUGCAGCAAGCUGAUGUAAAAACCUUCAAGAGCUAUGUAAAGGCGUUUUUCACAAACCUUCAUUCAUGACAAAGGAUUUACCCUUCGCAGUCUAACGAAGGG